UAGAUAACAUUCAAUGUUGAAUGGCAGAGAACAAUUCUGCUCGUAAAGACAAUUCUCGAUGUUGCAUCAAGUUCUAAACAGACAUUCAUUUUAUUUUGACUAGAGGCAACGUUAUCUAAUUUGUCGUUGUGAAACACCUUUGGAAUUUCAACACUGCGAAGGAAUUAUGGAAGUUACCACAGAACAAAAUUCAGAGGUGGGAACAAAGACCAUAACAAAUGAGUUGACAUAUGCAGAACCUUUGACGCCGGAACAAGUACGGUGGUUUUAUAGAGACGGUAUAGACAAAAGAUGGAUAGAAUUCUGUGGAUACGAUAGUUUAAGAAUUGAAAAUGCUUGGCGAAAUUAUCAAAGCUUGUUUAGCAAAAAUGACGACAUGACUACUAAUUUACCUCCUAUUGAGAAAAUUGUAGUUAAAGGCGGAAUGUACGAUGUGGAAAUCGAUAAAAUGAAAUGUGUAUCUAUAUAUUGUCCAGGUGAAGAAUGGGAAAUUAUGAGAGGUACAUGGUACUAUGAUGGUAGUUGGAUACCUUUAGAAUCAAAACAGUCUAAAGUUAUUGAAGAAGUGCAUCUUAAUUUAUUUCAAAAACAACCUCCAGGACGAUGCACAUCAACAUGCGAUACGCCAUCUCACUCUUACAAAAUACUGCACACAGAACAUUUUCCGGAAUUUCAUGUAGAUUGGCAUAGCAUAAAUGAUGUGAUACUGUAUAGCGAAUAUUCACAUAGUAAAUUCAUGCGUAGUGUUACAUCAAAACUGGGCUUUUCGAAAACCACUGGUUAUCAAUUAAAACGGAGCUACAAAGUUGCUGCAGUAAUGGAAGACAAACCGCAUGACAUUGAUCAUUUGGUGUUUGUAGUUCACGGAAUUGGUCAGAAAAGAGAUACAGGAAAAAUUAUACGGAAUACAACGUCGUUUAGGGACUGUGUAGAUUGGUUAAAGCAAAAAUAUUUUCCCAAUUCCAAUUACAGAGUAGAAUUUUUUCCUGUUGAGUGGCGGUCAUCGUUAAAACUUGACGGCGAUAUAGUAGAUGCUAUUACACCUUAUAGUGUAUUAAGUAUACGAAACCUAUUAAAUACAUCAGCAAUGGAUAUUCUCUAUUAUACAAGUCCUCUUUAUGGCGGAGAAGUAAGGGCUGGUUUACAAAAAGAAUUAAAUAGAUUAUACUUUAUGUUUGCUAGUCGACAUCCUGGUUGGAAAGGAAAAGUUUCUAUCUUGGCACAUUCUUUAGGAUGUGUAAUUGUUUAUGACAUUGUUACGGGUUGGAUGGGUCCAGAUACAAGACCUCCAUCCCCAGAAACACAGGAAGUUUUAUUGCAACGUUUACAGUUCCCAAUUGAGAAUUUAUUUUGUAUGGGUUCUCCGUUAUCUGUAUUUCUUGCAUUACGUACACGUACUCCAUCCAACAAAACAGACGUGAUGCCUCAAGAUUUAUGCAAAAGAUUUUAUAAUAUAUUUCACUGGUCUGAUCCUGUAGCUUAUAGAAUGGAACCACUUUUAGAAAGAGGAUACAGUAAAGUUGAACCAGUUCUUAUUCCACCUUACGGAGGAGUUGAUGGUCAACAGAUAGAACAGUCACUUCCAACAAUGAGUAACGCAGACCAAACUUUUUCUCCUACAGUUCGAAAACAUGUCAUGGCAGAAAAUGAGGAAAGGGAUGAAAGUCCAGAUAUGUCUAGUCGUGCAACAGAUAAAGGUUGGAGCCUUUGGGGUUUAGUGCGAGCUGGGUGGAAUGCCAAAGAGGAUGCUUCUAUACCGCUUCAACCAGAACAAGAAUUAGCCCAGCGGUUAGAUUAUGUGCUCCGGGCAAGUUUGGGACGAAAUUAUCUGUACACGGUAGCAGCCCAUACAACAUAUUGGAGUAACUAUGAUGUAGCCUACUUUGUGCUCACAAGACUCUUCCCAACAUUAGAAACGUGAUGUUGGUUUGUACAUCUAGUAUUGUAUUUAAAUAGAUUUUAUUGAAAUUUACUAGUCCACUGUAGGCCUUCGACAUUUAAUAUUGAAAGUAGGCCUACUACCAAAACAAUCUGUGAUAACGAAAAAUCGAUACAAUAAUGUUAUAGAUUCUAUAUAACUUAAUCAUUUUGUAUUGCUCGCAUAAUUUAAGAUUAAUAUGGUCGAGUUUCAC